UUGAGAGUUGAGUUACUCAAUUUUAGUCAAAGUACGGAAAGUGGGACCAAAAUCCGUACCAUUUACUGAGGAACGCCCAACGUUCUGUGUAACAGAUGCAGAGAAGCGGUGAAUUCUUUUGAUAAGUGUGAGAACUUUUAUGGAGCAUUUUUUUUUCUGUGAUUGCCGUGAAAUUAUCUGUUAGAAAGCUUUCACCUGGGAAAAAAUGUUCAAGAAAGGGACAACUCCCUCCUUUCCCUGAAAUCCGAUUAUUGAUCAAACUUGUUUAAAGAGCAUUCCAACUGACAAGAGUAAACAAUAGAUCCCACUUCUAUUUGAAAAUGACACUGGAACAUAUCGAAAGGGAGAUUCUGAUUCCCAAGAAGAUCCCAUUUCCCAUCGGUCAAGCCGCCGUAAAAUAUUCCGAAAGUUACCAGCAAUUCAAAGGCGGAAAGCUGCCCGAAGACAAGUAUCCUCUGGUUUCAGAUCCUCCAAUUCAAGGCCGUGGGCAAUUACAAUUCUCUCCAAGGCAAUGGGAUCGCAUCAUCCAAGCCACGGAACCACCUUCCAAUCCCAUACCUCUUGAGGAGCUGCGGAAACGUGCUUGGUCCAGUAAACCUCAUCCUGUGCUUUCGGAAAAGGAGCUUCUUGAGGCCCAAAGACUAAUCAGGCUUAAGGAGGAACAAGCCCAAGCUGAAGAAGCUCGAGAUGAAGCUGAAAUGGCCAAGAUUCGGGUAGAGAAGAAGCACCAACAAUGGGACAAAAUCCAAGCCGCCAAAGAGAUGCUAAGAUGCCAAGAUGAGCGUCACUCUCAAAUCCAACAAGCUCUUUUACAGAGUGAGAUCAUUGCCAUAAACGAGAAGAACAUAAAGGACAAGCAAAGGAAAUCUUGGAUGGAGGAGGCUCGGCAACGGACUUUGGAAAGAAGUGUUCGAGACCAGUUCGACAAAUAUGAGGGCAUCUUGAAAGAAAGAGAAAGGGCCAAAAUCGAGGAAUACAAACGGCUUCAAGAUCUUCAACAUAAACAAAUGGCAGAGCUGGAAUAGCAAGAGCGAAAGAGAGAAGAAGAAUCCCGAUUGGAACGUCAAAACUACGAGAGUGUCGCCAAAUCACUAGAAGUGGAGAACCACUUGAAGAAGCAACUGGAUAAAUAUGACCGGAAAGCCUUCCACCAAUCUCAAAAGGAAAUAACGAGGAUUCAUCAGGAGAAACUGAAAGAGACGCUAGAACUUGAAGCGAGGGAACUGGCCAAAGCGAGAGCGAUCCAAGAAUCUCUCUACAAACGCAAGGAGCACUUUGAAAAAAUGAUGAAAAAUAGGGUGGUGGACAUUGGAAAGAAGCAAUUCCGAGCUAAAGAAAGUUAUGCUAAGGACGUUCUCCCCAAGGCAGAGGAAAGUUUGAAGAAGGAGGACGAGAAAAUCGCGCUUCAAUUGUCUGAAAACGAAAAAAGACACCAUGAGGACAUCUCCAAAGCCGAAAAGAUCAAGUUAGAGCACCUGGAACAAUUGAAGGAAUUUCGAGAGAAAGAUCAAAUCAUCAAAGAAGAUCUUCGCUGUCAAGUUAAGAAUGAGAAGCUUGAAUUGUUUGAGAAGCAACAACGCGACCUUGCGGAACACCUUAGGCGAACACGAUCAACUAUGAGUCGCAUCCAAAACAAAAAGACCCAACUGAUCGAUUUUUGGGACAAGCAAUCCGCAGAGUUGAUUCAACAAAGAAGAGAUUGGACCCAAAUGAAGGCUGAUUGUGCCCAAAAGAAAACGCAACAGGAGCUCGAUUUGGAGCGAUCCUUCUAUCACGACUUGGAUCAGAUAGAGAUGGAACAAUUGGAACGAGGUAGAAAUGUGAUCCCAUUGAAGAAAGUCCGGCAAAACAUGACCCUUUACCAAGAUCCUGUAAUAGAAGCUCUAGACUCCUCUGGGAUUUGUCUCCGCAAUAACUUUCACGGGAAAAAUCUGUUGGAAAAAUACUCGCCCCACAAGGCUAGGGAAAGGCUGAGUUUGAAUUGGAAUGAGUAAGCGUUAUCUUAAGCGUAAUCGAAUAUGUGUGUAUGUGUGAUCCAUUAACCACUUUCCUGUGACAACAAUAAAGUCUGGC